AUGUUAGAAGCCUUCGAGAUAUUGACCACCUCGGGCGUGGUUCUGUGGUCCAAAUCAUACGCUCCAGUCGGUGCCCAUGUGAUCAACAGCCUUAUCAAUGAUGUUUUUAUCGAAGAGAAGGUUCAGGCCCAGACUGCGAAUAGCGCAUAUCCCGUCUACAAAAAGGAGAAGUAUACUUUGAAAUGGAAGAGAGUGAAGGACUUUAAUUUGAUCUUCGUGGCUGUAUACCAAUCUCUGCUUCACCUGGGUUGGAUCGAUAAACUACUGGACAACAUCUCGACCUUGUUCAUUGAUCUCUAUAAGGACCAGCUUCGGAGCUCUCGCGCUCGGAUUAUUGAAUAUCCGUUCAACAAAUAUUUCGACCAACAGGUCCGGGAGCUUGAGAAUAUUUCAUCGGGUGGGAUUGCCUCCGAACGUUUCGUGGCCGAUAGGGAGAAGAAAGACCCGCUUGUCUCAUCUGACAAUGGCGGCCCUCCACCGCCAUCAGUUCCUGGCCUCGUCAAAGCGCAGCAUCAAGCUGCGCUAGGUGUGUCGACCUCGGAUGAGAGCUCGCCUCCCCAAACACCCAAUACAUCUCGACCAUCGACCCCUGCCGCAAGCCAUAUACUAACCGCCAAGGGUGGACCGCGUGGUUCUCGCCGUGCGCGCAAAGCUGCGAACGCCAGCGCGAACGCUUCAUCCGGCGAUGAGAACAUUCGCAAAGGGAAGACACCCGGGAGUGGAAAGAAAGGCCGCAAGUGGGAUGCCGAUGGAAUGGCCGAUGAAGAUGAUGGCACGGUCUUGGAUUAUUCUGCCCCCGCUGAUGAGGCAUUGGUCCCGGCAGUCGAGACUAUCGCGCAGGACUCCUGGGGCCGCCGAACUGGCAAAGGCCAAUUCGUUCUGAAGGAUUUAGGAGACGAAGUCCAUUCUAUUUUGGAGAAUGCGGACAGUGCGGAGAAAGCAAAGGCUGCCUCGUCCACUGGCCUCGUCGGAUCGGGGUUCAACGCGAUCGGAGGACUGCUGCGCAACAUUGUUGGCGGCAAGGUUCUGACUGAAGCGGACUUAGAGAAGCCUUUGAAGACCAUGGAAGAUCAUCUGUUGAAGAAGAAUGUGGCGCGCGAGGCAGCAGUUCGGCUCUGUAGUGGAGUGCAGCGAGAGCUCGUGGGGAAGAAGACAGGUAACUUCCAAAGUGUCGAUGCCGCCCUUCGUCUGGCCAUGGAGUCUUCUCUGAGAAAGAUUUUGACCCCUACCUCCUCCUUGGAUUUGCUCCGGGAAAUCGAUACGGUAACUUCACCGACCAGUAAACAGCAAGCACCACGCCCGUACGUGAUCUCGAUCGUCGGGGUCAAUGGCGUCGGAAAAUCGACCAACCUAGGGAAGAUAUGCUAUUUCUUACUGCAGAACAACUAUCGUGUUUUGAUCGCGGCGUGCGACACAUUCCGGUCUGGGGCCGUGGAGCAGCUUCGGGUUCACGCCCGGAAUUUGAAAGAGCUCAGCUCUCGCGAGAAUGUUGGCGAGAUUGAGCUGUAUGAGAAGGGAUAUGGCAAGGACGCAGCAAACGUGGCCAAGGAUGCCGUUGGAUACGGUGCCGCCCAUAAAUUUGACGUGGUGUUGAUCGACACUGCUGGGCGUCGCCAUAACGAUCAACGUCUUAUGUCUUCAUUGGAGAAGUUUGCCAAGUUCGCCAAACCGGACAAGAUCUUCAUGGUCGGAGAAGCCCUUGUCGGUACAGACAGUGUGAUGCAGGCCCGGAAUUUCAACCAGGCCUUUGGUACGGGGAGAAAUCUAGAUGGGUUCAUUAUCAGCAAAUGCGAUACCGUUGGCGACAUGGUUGGUACCCUUGUGAGCAUGGUACAUGCAACUGGGAUCCCUAUUGUAUUCUUGGGAGUUGGUCAGCACUAUGGUGACUUGAGAGGUCUCAGUGUUCCUUGGGCUGUUAACCUGCUAAUGAAAUAG